AUGGUGGAUUCGAUCAAGACAGAUGUUCUGAUUAUCGGUGGCGGUCCUGUGGGCUUGCUUAUGGCCUACAGUCUAGCAAGACAGGGUGUGGACGCUAUCGUUGUUGGUGAGUUACAUCCAUCCAUCUAUUCCUCACAGACCGCUAAAGUACACGGUAUAGAACAAUACAACAAAGAGGAACAAGCAAUGUACGGCCGAGCAACGACAUUAUACCCCCGCACUCUCGAAAUGCUCGACCAACUCGAGCUGCUAGACGAUCUAAAUCAGAUCGGAUACAUCGGCCGUAACAGUGUCACAUACAAGGAUGGCAAGCGAGUAACAUCGCGCGGCUGGCAUAUCAUGUUCCAGCGCAUGCAUGGCACGUUUCUCGACUAUGCUCUGAAUAUCCGCCAGAAGUACUCGGAGGACGUUAUCCGUGCUGCAUACGAGAAACGUGGAGGGAGAACGUAUAUCGGGUGGAAAUUGGAGGAUUUUUCUGUUGACAACACGCUUGACGAUGAGUAUAAAGUGGCUGCACGGAUUCGUCAGUUGAGCACCGAUAAACGCUUGACUGUGAAAAGCAAAUUCAUCGUCGGUGCAGAUGGUGGUCACUCACUCGUUAGACGUCUGGCACAGAUUCCCUUCGAGGGCGACCACACGAAUUUCAAAUGGGUUCGCAUCGACGGCCAAUUCAAGACAAACAUGCCAGAUGCCGACGUUGGCUGGGCAUCGAUCGAAUCGAAAAGCCAUGGGAACGUUCUCUGGGUACAGCUGGACAAUGGUGCGAAGCGGAUUGGCUUUGCGAUGACCCCGGAAAUGCUCGCCAAGUACGGUGAAAAGCUCACGGAGGAGCAAGCAAAGGCAGAAGCUGUCAAGUCAAUGGAGCCAUUUACAUUGGAAUUUGAGAGGAUUGACUGGUGGACUCUGUACAGCAUUAACCAACGCGUUGCCGAUACAUUCUUCGCGAACGACCGUAUCCUGCUAGCCGGUGAUGCAUGCCAUACUCACUCCUCUGGUGCCGCUCAAGGAAUGAAUACUGGCGUCCAUGAUGCUGUGAACCUCAGCUGGAAGUUGGGUGGUGUGGUCAAGGGCUGGUAUACCGCAGACAUUCUUCGCAGCUAUGACAGCGAGCGUCGGCCGGCAGCACAGUACCUCAUUGAGCUCGACAAAGCCUUCUCAGCUACCAUUUCUGGGCAGAUCCCCGAUAGCCACAAAGCUAUGUAUACGGACGCCAAUGAGCUGUUCACUAAGCUCUUCGACGAGACGAUCCAGUUCAACAUCGGACUGGGAAUUCACUAUGACGAGAGUGUCAUCAACAAGGCUCCCUCGACAGGGAUGGUCUCGGCGGGCUGGAGAGGGCCUGAUGCGGUGGUCUACGCCCCUGGUUCCCGACUUCCCACCCGCUUGUUUCAACUGACGAGAAACUCUGGAGUGUGGUGGGUUAUUGUAUUCGCCGGGCAGCCGUUGGCUACUCGUGAAACACUAGCCAGGUCCGUGGAGAAACUGCACACUUCCAGCAAAACUCUGCCGCCGGGCAUGGCCCGAUUCAUAACGCUGGUUGCCCAGAGCGCUGCUGAAGGUGACCAGAUGUUCGGCACCCCAAGGAUCGGGAACGUCUACUAUGACCAGGACCGAGCAGCUCAUGAGGCGUAUACCAUUUCCACAGUGAAGGGCGCGGUGGUCGUACUCAGACCGGAUGGCAUUCUGGGGUAUGCUACUACCUUGGAGGAUGUUGAGAGCGUGGGGUCUUUUUUCAAGGGGUUUGCAGACACGAAGUGA